GACAAGCCUACAUUAUAAAUAAACAAAUUUGACUUAGUUAGUCGCUGCGACUAAUGCAAAAAUUAUUGUGAAUCGUGUGAAAAACAUUGAAUGAGUUCAAAUCGCAAGUUUAAGGUCGCUGUCUAGUUCCGGGCCUAAUAUGUGGGCGUGCAGUCUGAGAACUUGUUAUAUAAGCUGAGACAUCUUCAAAGCAAACAAUCAGUCAACAUCCAAACAAAAUCCAAUCAUCAUGAAGAUUAGCUGUGCUUUCUUAAUGCUUUGCCUCUUCGGCAGCAGCUAUGCUCAAUAUCAAUAUCCAGGCGCAGGAGCUUCCUCCACAGGAGCUGCUCAAGGAGUCAGUCCCUCGUCCGCUUCGCCUGCUGCUCCCGUGGAUAAUCGCAUAAUUGGUCUCAAUGGCUUGCUUGGCGGAGGAGGAGGUGGUGGAGGCGGCGGACCAUUUGGUGGUCUGUUUAGCAAUCUUCUCGGUGGCUUCUUAGGCGGUGGCAACAACGCACGCCCUUCGUUUGGUCAACAAGGUUAUCCCGCUCCCUUGCCUUCCUAUGGCGGUGGUUAUCCCGGCUAUGGAGGAGUUGGUUUCCCUGGCUAUGGAGGCGCUCUCGGCAACGGUUAUGCUGGCAACUAUCCCGGCGGCUAUCCAGGCAGCAAUUACGGUGGUGGCUACGUUCCCGGCUAUGGCAACUAUUAUGGCUAAGCAAUUCAACUCUUGACUCUGCCAAACCAAAGUAUUAUUUAAUUCUCCAUGUUAUCAAUUCGUAGUCAUAGCAUAUUGUUGACCAUUAAAACUACCUCACAUAUACUCAAAA